CUGAGAUGUAAGAACAAAUAACUAAUAAGUGUCUUAGUUUGGUGGCUUUAUGUGGAAGGUUAUGGUGGCCCAGGAAUUGCUUUAGCAUUCCUUGUAAUAGAAAGUGAUGGACUCAUUCACCAACUACUCUAAUUAUGCACCACUCCCAGUGAAAAUAUCAAAGAACUCUUGAGAAUUUUAUGCAGAGCUCAUCCUGCAUUUGCAUUGUCCAUCGUGCCUCGCCGGUCUGGAAGCAAUCAAAGUGUUCAGAAGGGACAGCUUUCCAGUUCUUCAAGAUCAUUCUUGAGGAAUCCAUCGAAGAGAAGAAGCUGGUAUGUAAUAGUUCACUCAAAAAACCUUUGUUUCUCUGCUGCUAACCAAGGAAAGGGUGGAGCUUUGAUCAUGAAAUUAAGUGAGAUACUGUGAGAUAUGUAUGUUAAUUUGAUUUCUUCGUAAUUAAUGAUCUGCAACUAAAUGAGGAAACAUUGGAUGUGGAGGGUUUGCCUUUUGAACUGCACGCUCUUUGGUCUUAGAUGAUUUGUUGGAAAAGUAUAAAGAAAAAUGUUGUUUGCUUUUGGAGUUGGUCUUCCUGGAAGGCCAUGGCUGGUCUGAGCUUCAGGUAUUGAAGGCUUAAAGUUUGAAUCUUUAAAGACAUUCUUGUGGAUUAUAUGUUGGGAAAUCUUAUAAAUCUUCCAGCUAGAGAUUCAUUUUCAUGGAAAGUUUUUUACUUUUCAAAUUCCUAAUCAAUCUUUAAUCGGCACAUACAUUCACAAAAUGCAGUUAAAGAUGGUUUUUCAGCAGAUAGCGAAGAUGAAGAUGAUCCACCAACUCUGAUUACUCAUCGUCAAUAUCAAAAUACACUGUCGAAAAUGGCCGAGGGAAGCAGAAGGACAUUGGAUGGUGCUAAAGCAAUGAAGCCAAAGAAAUCUAGUUUCAUGAUUGUCAUGAAACCAUGUGAUCUGCAUAGAAAAGCAUUGCUUGUGCCUGCCUUAUUUGCAAGGGAGCAUCUCAAUGGGAAGCCAAGAAACAUGAAGGUUGUGGGUUCUAGCGGAAGAGAAUGGCUUCUCAAUAUGCGCGAGAUGAAAGCAGGCGUCCUACUCUUAUCAGGUGGAUGUUCUCAAUUUAUUGUGGACAACAAGUUGAAGAAAGGAGAUGUUUGUGUGUUUGAACUAAUAAAGAAGGAUGUUUCCAUGCAAGUAACUGUAUUUCGCACAUCUCCAGAGUAAAGCUAGAGUGUGCAGUAUGCUGGACCAGGGAGUUUGCUCUUAUAAGUCAAUUUUGAGAAUUUUUGUUCUGAGAUUGUGAGCUUCAUAGAAUUGCAAUGCUGAGACUUUUGUGUUUGGUUCUUCUUUCAGUCAUCUUGA